AUGUCGAGGUUUGCUUCUGCACCAAUGUAACUUAGCUAGCGUGAGUCUCCCGGUGUGUGUGUGUGUGCCUGUUAGCGUGAAAUACACUAUGAUCCCUUAUUGAUAUCACUUGCUAAAUCCACUUAAAUCAGUGUAGAUGAAGGGGAGGAGAGGGUUUAAAUAAGGAUUUUAAAGCCUUGAGACAAUUGAGACAUGGAUUGUGUAUGUGUGCCAUUAAGAGGCUGAAUGGGCAAGACAAAAUAUUUAAGUGUCUUUGAACGAGGUAUUGUAGUAGGUGCCAGGCACACUGGUUUGUGUCAAGAACUGCAACGCUGCUGGGUUUUUCAAGCUCAACAGUUUCCUGUGUGCAUCAAGAAUGGUCCACCACCCAAAGGACAUCCAGCCAACUUGACACAACUGUGGGUAGCAUUUGGAGUCAACAUGGGCCAGCAUCCCUGUGGAAUGCUUUCGACACCUUGCCCCGACGAAUUGAGGCAGUUCAAUAUUGGCAGCUGUCCUUAAUGUUUUGUACACUCAGUGUGUAAUAAAUAAAUAAAUAUGUGUGUGUGUGUAUGUAUGUAUGUAUGUAUGUAUGUGUGUGUGUGUGUGUAUAUAUAUAUAUAUAUAUAUAUAUAUCUAUAUAUAUAUAUAAUAUAUAUAAUAUAUAUAUAUAUAUCUAUAUAUAUAUCUAUAUAUAUCUAUAUAUAUAUAUCUAUAUAUAUAUAUAUAUACAGUGGGGAAAAAAAGUAUUUAGUCAGCCACCAAUUGUGCAAGUUCUCCCACUUAAAAAGAUGAGAGAGGCCUGUAAUUUUCAUCAUAGGUACACAUCAACUAUGACAGACAAAUUGAGGAAAAAAAAUCCAGAAAAUCACAUUGUAGGAUUUUUUAUGAAUUUAUUUGCAAAUUAUGGUGGAAAAUAAGUAUUUGGUCACCUACAAACAAGCAAUAUUUCUGGCUCUCACAGACCUGUAACUUCUUCUUUAAGAGGAUCCUCUGUCCUCCACUCGUUACCUGUAUUAAUGGCACUUGUUUGAACUUGUUAUCAGUAUAAAAGACACCUGUCCACAACCUCAAACAGUCACACUCCAAACUCCACUAUGGCCAAGACCAAAGAGCUGUCAAAGGACACCAGAAACAAAAUUGUAGACCUGCACCAGGCUGGGAAGACUGAAUCUGCAAUAGGUAAGCAGCUUGGUUUGAAGAAAUCAACUGUGGGAGCAAUUAUUAGGAAAUGGAAGACAUACAAGACCACUGAUAAUCUCCCUCGAUCUGGGGCUCCACGCAAGAUCUCACCCCGUGGGGUCAAAUUGAUCACAAGAACGGUGAGCAAAAAUCCCAGAACCACACGGGGGGACCUAGUGAAUGACCUGCAGAGAGCUGGGAACAAAGUAACAAAGCCUACCAUCAGUAACACACUACGCCGCCAGGGACUCAAAUCCUGCAGUGCAAGACGUGUCCCCCUGCUUAAGCCAGUACAUAUCCAGGCCCGUCUGAAGUUUGCUAGAGUGCAUUUGGAUGAUCCAGAAGAGGAUUGGGAGAAUGUCAUAUGGUCAGAUGAAACCAAAAUAUAACUUUUUGGUAAAAACUCAACUCGUCGUGUUUGGAGGACAAAGAAUGCUGAGAGAACACCAUACCUACUGUGAAGCAUGGGGGUGGAAACAUCAUGCUUUGGGGCUGUUUUUCUGCAAAGGGACCAGGACGACUGAUCCGUGUAAAGGAAAGAAUGAAUGGGGCCAUGUAUCGUGAGAUUUUGAGUGAAAACCUCCUUCCAUCAGCAAGGGCAUUGAAGAUGAAACGUGGCUGGGUCUUUCAGCAUGACAAUGAUCCCAAACACACCGCCCGGGCAACGAAGGAGUGGCUUCGUAAGAAGCAUUUCAAGGUCCUGGAGUGGCCUAGCCAGUCUCCAGAUCUCAACCCCAUAGAAAAUCUUUGGAAGGAGUUGAAAGUCCGUGUUGCCCAGCGACAGCCCCAAAACAUCACUGCUCUAGAGGAGAUCUGCAUGGAGGAAUGGGCCAAAAUACCAGCAACAGUGUGUGAAAACCUUGUGAAGACUUACAGAAAACGUUUGACCUGUGUCAUUGCCAACAAAGGGUAUAUAACAAAGUAUUGACAAAACUUUUGUUAUUGACCAAAUACUUAUUUUCCACCAUAAUUUGCAAAUAAAUUCAUAAAAAAUCCUAUAAUGUGAUUUUCUGGAUUUUUUUUUCUCAUUUUGUCUUUUAUAGUUGACGUGUACCUAUGAUGAAAAUUACAGGCCUCUCUCAUCUUUUUAAGUGGGAGAACUUGCACAAUUGGUGGCUGACUAAAUACUUUUUUGCCCCACUGUAUACACACACACACACUACCAUUCAAAAGUUUGGACACCUACUCAUUCAAGGGUUUUUCUUUAUUUUUACUAUUUUUUACAUUGUAUAAUAAUAGUGAAGACAUCAACACUAUGAAAUGACACAUAUGGAAUCAUGUAGUAACCAAAGAAGUGUUAAAAAUAUCAAAAUAUAUUUUAUAUUUGAGAUUCUUCAAAUAGACACCCUUUGCCUUGAUGACAGCUUUGCACACUCUUGGCAUUCUCUCACCCAGCUUCAUGAGGUGGUCACCUGGAAUGCAUUUCAAUUAACAGGUGUGCCUUGUUAAAAGUUAAUUUGUGGAAUUUCUUUCCUUCUUAAUGCGUUUGAGCCAAUCAGUUGUUUUGUGACAAGGUAGGGGGAUAUACAGAAGAUAGCCCUAUUUGGUAAAAGACCUAGUCCAUUUUAUGUCAAGAACAGCUCAAAUAAGCAAAGAGAAAUGACAGUCCAUCAUUACUUUAAGACAUGAAGGUCAGUCAAUAUGAACAAUUUCAAGAACUUUGAAAGUUUCUUAAAGUGCAGUCGCAAAAACCAUCAAGCGCUAUGAUGAAACUGGCUCUCAUGAAGACCACCACAGGAAUGGAAGACUCAGAGUUACCUCUGCUGCAUAGGAUAAGUUCGUUAGAGUUACCAGCCUCAGAAAUUGUAGCCCAAAUAAAUGCUUCACAGAGUUGAAGUCACAGACACAUCUCAACAUCAACUGUUCAGAAGGGACUGUGUGAAUCAGGCCUUCAUGGUCGAAUUGCUGCAAAGAAACCACUACUAAAGGACACCAAUAAGAAGAAGAGACUUGCUUGGGACAAGAAACACGAGCAAUGGACAUUAGACCGGUGGAAAUGUGUCGUUUGGUCUGGAGUCCAAAUUGGAAAUAUUUGGUUCCAACCGCCGUGUCUUUGUGAGAUGCGGUGUGUGUGAACGGAUGAUCUCCGCAUGUGUAUUUCCCACCGUAAAGCAUGGAGGAGGAGGUGUUAUGGUGUGGGGGUGCUUUUCUGGUGACACUGUCUGUGAUUUAUUUAGAAUUCAAGGCACACUUAACCAGCAUGGCUACCACAGCAUUCUGCAGCAAUACGCCAUCCCAUCUGGUUUGGGCUUAGUGGGACUAUCAUUUGUUUUUGAACAGGACAAUGACCCAACACACCUCCAGGCUGUGUAAGGGCUAUUUGACCAAGAAGGAGAGUGAUGGAGUGCAUCAGCAGAUGACCUGGCCUCCACAAUCCCCCGACCUCAACCCAAUUGAGAUGGUUUGGGAUGAGUGCUUAGCAUAUGUGGGAACUCCUUCAAGACUGUUGGAAAAGUAUUCCAGGUGAAGCUGGUUGAAAGAAUGCCAAGAGUGUGCAAAGCUGUCAUCAAGGCAAAGGGUGGCUAUUUGAAGAGUCUCAAAUAUAAGAUAUAUUUUGAUUUAACACUUUUUUAGGUUAUUACAUGAUUCCAUAUGUGUUAUUUCAUAGUUUUGAUGUUUUCGCUAUUAUUCUACAAUGUAGAAAAUAGUAAAAAUGAGUAGGUGUGUCCAAACCUUUGACUGGUACUGUGUGUGUGUAUAUGUAUAUAUAUAUAUGUGUGUGUGUAUAAUAAUAUUUAUUUAUUUAUUUAAAUGUUUUGCUGCCUUAAGUGGAAAGAGUCAGUAUUGUGUUGUUUGUACCUAACCCAGAUGUUGCUCUCCUCCCUCCCCCUAUGUCCUGAAGAGAUGGCAGGAUGCUGCGGACAGCGGGGCAGAGAUGCUCUGGUACGUGGUGGAGCAGGUGCCACAGAUCUACUGCCUGUAGGUGGAGUCCAACCCCCAGGAGGAGGAGGAGGUGAUGCAGACCCGUCUCCUCCAGCCCUUGGAAUGUUUCCUGUUCGAGGAGGACCCUCAGGCAGGCAUGGAGAAGCUCCAGCAGGGCUGUGCCUCCAAGGAGGGGGAGACUGUCUACUCCUGCAGGUCAGAACCAGCCUACUGAUUGUCAUGCAUCUAUGCUCAUUAAGACACCUGCUUAUCAGACAGAGGUUUCAUAACUCCUGAACCAACUCAGUCAGUAAGGUUAUGGCAUGUCAAGAAACAGAAAUAUGAAGAAUCUGUUGACCUUAUGAACGUACUAGGGCUGUGACGAUACCAGUGUCGCAAUAUAGUUUUUCCAUGGCAAAAAUGAAAACACUAAGCAGACCACACUCUUUGGUCCUUUAAAAACCUUGUGUAUUUAAUAUGUUGUGUGCUUGGAAAAUACAUGUGUGACUCUAGAUGACACUAUUGAUGUUUGUUUCCAACAUUAAGGCUGUUUUCCUAAAGUUAAAUCUGAUUUGUGUUUUGUUUCCUUGCCACGAUACUAACGAGUAUCGCAAUACUGGUUUCGUCCCGGCCCUAGAACGUACUGUAAGGUGACAACCUUUUUAGCCACCAGAUUAGCUUUAGGCCUAGGUUCAAUCAGAUCGUGUGUUAACCAACGUUGGCCGACAUCCGCAUAGUAGGUAUUUUAACGGUGUUGGAGGUGUAACUAUGGUAUGAGCUGACAUAUCGGUGAGCGGCUGCUCUUGUGUGUCAAAAACCACUCCCUUCAAAACGGCACUCAAAAACGGCGCUAGAAAGUGUAGGCUUUAUUGAUGUUAGAAAUAAUGACUCUCUAAUGUCAAACCAUUGAUGUUAGGCUAAUGCAUGUUUUCAUGUUAAAGGAAAAAUCCACCCAAAAUCACUAAUUCCUUUAAUUUACCAUGCUAAAUAACACAAAUGUGAGAACAAUAUUUUUUGUGAACAAACGUUUCAUUUUGGUGUUAUAAAAUCAUGUGAAAAUCUGUUGCAGCUCAAGUCGACUACAAAAUCCACAAUGCAGUGCUCUCUAGGGGCUGGCUGGCUAGCUAGCAAACGUAGCUACACAUAAUAAUACCAAAGACUAUCAUCAUGUAAAGUAGCUCGUUAGCUGUAAAAUCGCCUGAAGAAACUGCACUAUCAAUUUCGUUAACAAAAAGUACAACAUUACAAAUCUUUUCCUAGCUGUGAGAUAAUUAUCUUGCUAUCUGUAAUAUCGUAAAGCUUUGGAAUCGUGACAUUAUACACUUUCGAGGAAAAUAGGCACAUUUCUCGACAUAUACACUGACUUUGAGAAGAGAUUGCGUGACGAUUAGCUUAGCAACCGCGUGACGAAACAUCACAACGCGAUUGGUCGACAGUCUGCUGGGUGGUGCGUUUUCCGUUCCUUCAUUCAUUGAAUUGCUAAUCUCCUUUCUAUAAUAUCUCUGGCAACGGCACCAUGCAAUGCACCCUGUACUAAAUUACACAUUUCUCAAGGUAGGAAUAUUGCAAAAAUAUGAUCAAUGGCUCAUUCGAGAGAAGACAUCCUCCCGAGUUAUGACAUCGGCCAGUAUUGAAAUCUGACAUGUAUGAUAGACGUUUUCAUGAUCUAAAAGUCGUAUUCCUAUUAACUUCCAGUGUAGUGAGAGCGACUUUAUCACGGUGCUACGUCAUACCGGCCGGAUUUCUGCCUGCUUGAACGGCAAUGACUCAAAUACACGUGAAAAUAUGAAAUGACCCAGGGAAUCGAUAGGACAUCACUCAGCGAUGCACAAAAACAAUAUAACAUUCAAAAUGGGUGAACCUUUCCUUUUUAAUUUGGAUGGGGGGGAUUUAUGCCUAUCAGUCUAAUUCGAAUGUUUGAACUUAUAACGUGGCUGCAUGGGAUUUGUCGCAUUAUAGUCUGGUGUUGUUUCGUUGCUAUGGUAACGCAUCGAGACGCUUGUGGAUUUGACUGCAUUAACACAGUUCCACCUCCGAUACCGCCUGCCAAAACAACGCUAUGUGGAUGUCAGUCUGAUUGAAUCUAGCCCUUAAGCUCUGAAGGUUAGUUUUUAUUCUUAACUCUAUUAAUAAUGCGCUUCAAAGAUGUAUGUAAAUACAUCAAAAUAGUUUAGGCAUGAUUCGCUAAAGAUGCAGUUCUAAUAUUAGCUAAUAGGCUUACCUUUUUAUCACCUCACACUACAACACCACAGUACUUAGCCUAACUGGCUGUAAUUAAUAGUUAAUAAGUGGUCUCUGUAUCAGGUUUUAGUGUGUGACUGUGUGUGUGCAUGUCUUUGAGCCAACUGUUGAUGUGUGUGUGUGUGUGUGUGUGUGUGAUUAAAUUACGAAUCUAACCUCCCUUGGGCCUAAUUGCAGGGACUGUGCAAUAGAUUCCACAUGCGUACUAUGCAUGGACUGCUUCCAGGACAGUGUGCAUAAGGGCCAUCGUUAUAAAGUAGGUUCCCAUUUUUCCUUUAAAUGUUGUUGUUUUGGAAGGGUUUAGUGUUAAUAUAAGUGUUUUAAGUGGUAAUAACAUGUUGAUAACAUCUAAGUCUCUCCUGCUGUCCGUGUCCAUCACUGAUCCUCAAUGAUGUUUGUAUGAUUUUUCCAGAUGCAUGCUUCGUCAGGCGGGGGCUUCUGUGACUGUGGGGAUUGGGAGGCCUGGAAGACUGGGCCCUGCUGUUCCAAACACGACCCGCAUCUUCUUUUCCAUUCCAUGUUGAUGACCUCA